AUGACAAUCUUCAGAAAGCGCUACCUGUGCUCCACUGACCUGGACACGGAUGACAGCGAGUUGAAAUACACCCUGCUUUCACCCCCAACGGACAUAGAUGAGAACCACCCUGUGCUGCUUGGGGAGAAUGUGCUGGCAGACCCUCUGGUGUCCGUUACUCAGUUCAUCCAAGUCCAGGUGAACCAUCACAAAGUGGCUCCCGAGGAGCUGGGUAUCACCCCAAGGGUGGUGGAAUUUAACUACAGCCUAGAGGACUCCAGGAGCAACUGUGUGCCAGGAACCUUCACUCUCUUCCUGCAGCCAGUGAACCAUCAGCCACCCCAGGUCACCAGCACAGGCUUCACUGUUCUUGAGAGAGCAGCUUUUUUUCUAAGCGCUAAUCAGUUGGAUGCCGCAGACACAGACCAAAUUGUCUUCAUCUUAAACAAGGCACUCCAGCAUGGCCACCUGUGCUACCGGGAGGGGCUGAUGGUCCAGGGUGAAUCUUUCUUGCUAGAUGAUUUUGCCAGUGGAUGUAUAUCCUACCAGCACAGUGGUGAUGAAUCCACCAGUGACUCCUAUCAAGUGGAAGUGAGUGAGAGCCACUCCGUGCCAAUCACUGUUAGGAUCACUAUGUAGCCAGUGGAUGAGAAAAAGCCCAGCAUCGCUCUACAUGGUGGCAACGGACUGGUGGGACCCUCUAUUGAUGUGCUAGAAAAUGGUGUCCUUGAGCUCACUACUUCCUUUAUCCAGGGCACAGAUGAACAUACCAAUGAUCUGGCACUGACUUUCGUUGUGAAGGACCCUCCCCUCUACUCCUCCAGCUUGCGGAAUAAGUGGCCCAGUGUAGACACAGCCUUUCAGUCUGACCUUUCCUAUGAGUGGGUGAUGGAAGGCAGUACAGUGCUUGGCAUGCACAUGUCUGUUACUGUGCUCCCUGUGGAUAGCAUUGCACCUGAAGGGAUGGAGAAGCCAGAGUUGUUCAUUGUCUCAGAGGGAGGGAAGAAAGCUCUGAUCCAGCAAGACCUGGAUGUGGAUUUGGCCAUGGAUAACAUUUUGUGCACCAUCACUUCUGGAUACCUAGAGAACUCUCCAGCCCCUGAGUCUGAAAAGUCUAGAGGUGACACAGCCAUCAGUGCCUUCAUCAAACAUGUUCACUUGGGACAUAUCAGCUAUGUUCAGAGCAUCCACAAGGCAAUGGAGCCCUUAGAGGACAGAGUCACUUUCUGCUGCUCUUAUGGCAUCAAUGUUUCUCUACACCACUUAUUCCCCAGUCUCAUCAUCCCUCCCAACAAUGAAAAGCCUGAGCUGUUUUUGCUGGAGUUUGUGGUGCUGGAGGGGAUGAUUCUGGUUAUUGACUGCCCAAUUCUCAAUAGCACAGAUGCUGAUCUUCCUCCAGACCAUUUGCACUUCUUUAUCAGUGUUUUCCCCGUGCCCCCAACCAUGGGUGAAUUGUGCAGUAGCUGUUAACUGGCACCUGUACCCAACUGCAACUUCACACUGGAGGAGAUCCAGGAGGCCUCCAAUAUUGUGUAUGAGCAUGAUGACUUUGAAGAUAAGGAGAACAGCUUCAAAAUCCAGCUAAGCAAUGGCAAGUACACAAUGGAGCAGAAAGUGCUGAAUGAUGAGACCUGUAGGAUGACUAUCAAUGAUGGGCUGGAGAUAGUGGACCUUGGACUCACCAUGGACUCACCAAUCUCUAACAGAGACCUUAAAGCCACAGUCAUAGAUUCAGAGGACAAGAACCUCACGUACAUCAUAUGCUUGGCACCUAGGCAGGGCCUCCUUCAGCCUGUGAGCAAACGGAGCUUAGUGGACAUGAACUUCACCCAGGAUGAUAUAGACCAGGGUUAUAUCUGUUAUGUUCAUGCUGUCCAAGUUGUCCGUGACCUAGCUAAAUUUGAUGUUACUGAUGGCAUUAACCCCUUGAUAAUGAUAUAAAAAGUAUCUAUCAGCAGCAUGGUUGUGGUCUUCCCUGAGGUGAUUAUUUGAGGCUGUUCUAGACGUAGCCUGAGAGAGGGUAGAAAGGUGAAGCUCACAACUGACCUGCUUAGCACUAGUGACAUUAACAGCCCUGAUGAAAACCUACACCUCAGUAUCACCCAGGCCCUAAGCCAACGGCAUUUAGCGAGCUCAGACAGUCCUGGGGUGCCCGUUGCUUCCUUCUCUCAGCUCCAGCUUGCUAGCAAUAAGAUUUACUACCUCUCCACUGCAGAGGAUGAGAUGAAGAUGGACAGCUUCGAGUUUGAAGUGACAGAUGGCUAUAAUCCAGUCUUCUGCACCUUCAAGGUUUCCAUUACUAGUAUGGACAAUAAAAAGCCAGUUCUAACGAUCAAUGAUCUGGUGGCUGCUGAAGGGAAGACCAAACUGAUUACUCCCUUUGAGUUGACUGUGGAAGACUGGGACUCCCCUGACCAUUUGCUCCAUUUCACAGUCACCCAAGUCCCUAUCCAUGGCCAGAUUUUAUGUAACAGCAGCUAUCCUGUGACUAGCUUCACCAAACUAGACUUGAAUGAGAAUCUGAUCAGCUAUAGACAUGAUGGCACAGAAACCAGCCAGGAUAACUUCUCUUUUACUGUGGCUGAUGGCACCCACACAGACUUCUACAUUUUUUUUUCUGACACCCUCCUGGAGCCUCAUCAACCCCAGAUGAUGAAGAUCCAGAUCAAUCCCCUGGACAAUGGGAUGCCACAAUUAGUGGUAAACAAGGGCUCAACACUGAGAAGCUUUCUGAUUGGACACUGCGGCUUCUUGAUCACCAGCAAGUCACUGGUAGAAGACCAAGACAGUCCACACAAACUGCUGAAGUACAGAAUCACAGAUGGUCCAGAACAUGGGUUCAUCAUUCAUCUUUGUCUUGGAAAUGAGCGCAUUAAGAUGUUUACACAAGCUAUGCCUUAAAAGAGGGUGACAAUUCUUCCAGUGAUAUUAUCUACUUCUCUAAUGAAGAUAAUGAAAAAUGAGAUCAUGAAGGAAGAAGUAAUUACUCAUGUCACAAUAGGCCUCCACUACUCUGAAACUUAUUCGAGUCUUCAGCUGCUUGAUGAGCUUAAUUACCCUCAGCAUCUCCACAAGUUCAGCAUCUCCACAAGUUCAGAUCAGUGAUACAAUUGCAGCUGAGUUCAGUCUCACUACCAAACUGUUCCUGCUGUCCAGCAAGGAACUCUGGAUACCUGAUGGCUCCCUGGGAUUUGGAGGAAAAAAUUGAUGUUUUCUUUACAGGUACUGAAGGGCCUGAAAUUUAUGGUUGAGUGAUGAUGGACCCUGUUCAGAAUGUAGGAGACACUUUCAUCUGCAGCAUUGAGGUGGUGUUCCAGCAUUGAUGGAUGUAUGCCUAUAUGGGGCCUGGAUCACUCACCUACCCUACUGUACAGGGUCAAGAUCUUGGUACUUGGAUACCCAGGAUCUUCAAUGCAGAACAUGAGGGUUUUUUUGUUUUUAAGAACAUGCAGAGAAGCAUCCAUGGAGUUGGCGGAUAGCUUUGAGCCUUCAAAGGGAAGGUUCUCCAUGGCUUGAACCUCCUGUGAAAAGCCAGGUAAGUACAGCUAGCAUGCUCUUCUUAGCACCAUGGCUGUGGCAAUGGAGCGAGCUGUUGUACCUAAAGAGUCCAGGGCCGUUUGCAAGGCAUUGCAGGAAAUAAGGACACCUUCAUUUAUGUUUGCCUUAAACUGUUCCCUUUAAUUGUCUGGAAGACUUUCAAUAAAAUGUGCCACCUGUUCAAAUAUGUGGUGUAGCUGGGUAGGGGGGCGGUGUAGUUAUCAAUAUGUAAUUGCUAUGAUGCCAAUAAAUAAGCCUUCCUGCCCUCUAAGUCCCAACAUUUCCAUUCUUUGUCAUAUGGAGUGGUCAGGCAGCACUUUGUUUUGCCCUUUGAUUUACCACUUCUAUCACCAGAGAUUUUGGAGAGAAAUGGGAGAACUGAACAUCAGCCUCUUGUGGCAUCACAUAUUUCCUGUCUGAUCUCUUACAGACCAGUGGAAUGGUAGCAGGUGUCUUCCAGAUAGAUUUGGCUGGGUCCAUCAGGGCUGGGUUCAUUGGUAGUGCUAAUUUCACCAACAAGGCAUGAAGAAUACUGGUCAGCUUAUGCUGGAUGUCCAGCAGUUUCACCAGGGAGAUCUCCAACACAUCUGCCACCUUCUUAUACCUCCUGGAAUGACCUGAAGUCAUCCUCCGAUAUAGGGGGAAGAGGCUUAGGGUAUCUAUCACCUGGCGACAAGGAUGAGAUAUGGGUAGGAGGUGGCUAAGGCUGCCGUUGUAUUUUAGACUUCUAUGUCUAAAAUGUCAAUUCUCUGGAAUCCACUUCUAAACCAUUAAUCUAUCUCCUGAACAAUCUACAGCAGCUGCCUGCCACAAUUAGAAAAUAUAACAAGGUGGCAAGUUUAUGUGUUGUGGCCACCAUAUAUAAACAGUUUGGGGUAGGGUAGAAGAAAAAUAUAAAUACAUA